AUGAGUUCAGUACAUGUUGCUUCAGCUCUUCUCUUGUUUCUUCUCUUGCAUCUUUCUGAUUCUCGUCACCUAGACAAUGUUCAAAUAACAGAUUCUCGGUUUUCACUUGACAAGGAUCAAAAUGUUGUCUCUGGUUUGACAUCUAAAGAACCGGUUAGAGUUUCUCGGUUUGUACCGGGGGCAAAGAAGAACCGCCACCGUCGGUCGCCGCUCUUAUUCGCAGAUUAUCCGAAGCCGUCUACUCGUCCUCCACGUCAUAACUGAAAACCUCUCUCUUUAGUUUUUUCAAUCUUUAGAAGUUUCUUUGUAUGCGAGAGAGUAAAUAG